CCCAUCUUCCUUCCCCCACCACCAAUUUCCUGUCCUAAAGUUAGAGACUACCAUUUUUUCGGGUACACCCUUUUCCCCCCUAUCUCAAGUCAAAAUGGAGAAGCUCAGCUUCGUGAAGAAUGGCGUCCUGAGGCUGCCACCUGGCUUCAGAUUCCACCCUACCGAUGAAGAGCUCGUCGUUCAGUACCUGAAGAGGAAAGUCUACUCCUUCCCUUUGCCGGCCUCCAUUAUCCCUGAAGUCGACGUCUGCAAAUCUGAUCCCUGGGACUUGCCAGGGGAUUUGGAGCAAGAGAGGUACUUUUUCAGCACCAAGGAAGCCAAGUACCCGAAUGGGAACCGUUCGAAUAGAGCUACUGGCUCAGGUUACUGGAAGGCUACAGGAAUUGACAAGCAAAUUCUGGCUUCCAAGGGCAAUUAUGCGGCGGGGAUGAAGAAGACUCUGGUUUUUUACAGAGGGAAGCCUCCCCAUGGAACUAGAACUGAUUGGAUCAUGCAUGAAUACCGCUUGCUUAAUCCUGAAACUACUACUCAAGCUAACAACAACAUCUCAACCAAUCAGAGCUCUGUUGUGCCAAUGGAGAACUGGGUUUUGUGCCGGAUUUUUUUGAAGAAAAGGGGAGCCAACAACAAGAACGAGGAGGAAACCAGAAGUAGCAUUAAGUUUGGUGACCAGAAAAAUGGUAUAAUCAUACCCUCCCCCCAACCCAAAACUGGGACUACCACUCCUACUACUAGAAAGGUUGUGUUCUACAACUUCAUGAGAAAGGACAACAAGACACGGGAUUUGAAUGUUGUUCCAUGUGGAUCAUCUUCAGGAUCAAGUGGGAUCACAGAGGUUUCCAGUAAUGAAUCAAAAGAGAAUGAAGGAGAAGAGGAAGAAAGCAGCAGUAAUUGCCACAAUAGUUUUCUUUAUUUCAGGAGAAAACCAUAGAGAUGGAGAUGCCCCCCUUUUUUUUACCACCCCAAUUCAGAAUUACAUUUUAUUUUCACUUCUGUAUCAGUAAAAAUCCAUCCCAAGGCUUAUUUCUAGUUUCAGAAAUAACAUAUCUUGAGUUGUUCGUUUAUUUGAUUCCCUCCAUGUACUAAUGCAAAUCAGUCUCUAGACAGCAUUGUUAAGUUAACUGUUAAUCAAAUCAGUUACCAAUG